CCGUGGACGGCAGUGGCAUGGCGCUCCGGGGAGCCUGCCUGCUCCUCUGCCUCCUCUCCCUCGCCCAGGUCUCCGGACAGCAAAACGCCAAAGUCCGGCAAAAACCGGUGGCUUCCAAGAAAGAUGGUGUGAGCGUCAAAAUGAUCGAAGACCUGAAGGCUAUGAUUGACAACAUCUCUCAGGAGGUUGCUCUGCUGAAGGAAAAGCAAGCUCUCCAGACAGUUUGCCUGAAAGGCACCAAAAUUCACCUAAAAUGCUUUCUUGCGUUUUCGGAGACCAAGACGUACCACGAGGCCAGCGAAAACUGCAUCUCGCAGGGCGGCACGCUCAGCACCCCGCAGAGUGGGGAGGAGAACGAUGCUCUCUACGACUACAUGCGCAAGAGCAUCGGCUCCGAGGCAGAGAUCUGGCUGGGCCUCAACGACAUGGCGGCGGAGGGCAAGUGGGUCGACAUGACGGGCGGCCCCGUCCGCUACAAGAACUGGGAGACUGAAAUCACCACCCAGCCCGACGGCGGCAAGCUGGAAAACUGCGCAGCUUUGUCGGGGACCGCCGUCGGCAAGUGGUUCGAUAAGAGGUGCAAAGACCAGCUGCCCUACGUCUGCCAGUUCAUGAUCGUGUAGCGGUGGGGGCUCCCCCCUGCCUGCCCGCAACCAGAGUCUUCCCCCUUGGCAGCAGGAUUAUAAAGCUAUAGGUAUGUGUAUGUGUACAUGUACGUAUGCACGCACGCGCGCACAUGUUCAAGUAGAGUCACUCUUUGCAAAGAGAGUCAUCAUGGCUCGGAGUCGGAUUAGAGAGCGUUAGAGCAUUUUGUUUGGCCACAUCCAGCCCCGUUAGCAGCUGCAUUGUUCUUACUAAGGCACGAUUUAUAGAUAUAUUUUUUUACACAGGGAAUUUAUUAGGACGGCUUGGUUGUUUCGGCAAAGAACCAGUGCAGCAGUCCAGCCUGGCAAACAGCCGCCUUGGCUGCCCAGGGCUGUCGCUCUGCAAUGUCCUUUCCCAUCUUGCUGAGCUGUGUUGGGACACCAGCAUAGCUAGUUCCUGCUUUCUUCUCCUGUUUUGCUUCCCCAUAAGCCCUGGCAGCAAUCCAUGGGAGCUUCUUGUUCCUCACAAUGCCCCGAUUCAGGCUCCUGGGGAUCAAGGUCCUGUCUCAACAAGCAGAGGGAGUUACUCCUGCUUUGCAUUGAGAGAUACAAUUGGGCUUAUUGGCUGAGUACCAGCUGCCCAACGGGUUGUCCGACUAGUCCAGUUAUGUGCAUGAAUGAAUUACUAAGUAACAGGCAUGCGUUGAUUUACUGAGAAGGUGGGUGUCCUUUCCAGAAGCAUUCCCUGCUUUGUUGGGCCUUUUCUCAUCAGCCAGAAGCCAGUUUCACUGAUUUCAGUCGGAGAGCGAGACCCACUGCCAGAUCUUUUUAAAAAUCCCAUCGGAAGCUUUAUUUAUGCUCCAGCAGCAUGGGGGAAGCAGUGAUGACUUGCAGUACAGUCAGUCAAAUAUGUUCUUGGAAAUAGAAGGUGAAAGUAUUACAUAAAUAACAGAAAUGUAAUGCUAUUAAGGAAUAUGCUGCCAUAUAAAAAACAACUGUGUAUUGAAAAAGAACCCCAAGACAACUCACUUUAGCAGCUUUAGGAAUCAUCUGACCUGUUAAGCGAUGGAAACCCAGCUGAAAUUGUUCAGUCUUUGUUGGUCCAGGCACAGUCCUCGGCAAACAUAAAUCUGCUGAGUACUGUUUCUGCCAGUAAAGUCAUGCCCAGCUGAAGGUCUGGCCUCAGUAAUUUUUUGCUGAGAAAAGGGUUAAAGAAAAAAAAUAAAUUGAACUAAACAGCAAUGAUGGGAAAGAAGUGCAGGCCACCCCGACAGCUUAACAAAGCUUUGCUGGCUGUUGGUUGAAAGGUAUCAGUGGUUCUUUGCAGUUCAGAGCUUGGUAAUAACCCCUCCAGCUCAGGUCACGUCCCCUGCACUGCCAGGUUGCGGGUGUCAAGACAUGAUGCUCUUGGAGAGCCCAUGGGAGAGGUAUUUCAAUCUGCUGCUUUAUUUAAAAACAGCACAAUGGUGGGUCUUCCAAGACGUCGAAUGGGAGCCAAGCUGGAAGGACUGAAACACACACACACACACACAAAUGCAGAGUGCACACUUCCGAGGCUGUCACUAUUGCCAAACUCUCCGCUGUUCAAAUGACUAUAAAAUAAAAAAAUAUAUAUAGCUUGC